AUGCAAGGUGAUGAUGUGAAUCAAACCCAUCACCGGGAUGAUGAUCAUCAGAUGGACACUAAUAAUACUCCAAUUCCAACACAAAAAGACGAAGAUGAUCACAAUGAAAGUUUAAGAAGUGAAAAUAGUAAUAAUGAACAAGUGAUUGGUAAUGAAGAACAAAUUUAUUAUCAUCAUCAUCAUGACGAGGAGGAAGAAACAUCCUACCAACAACAACAGCAACAACAACAGGAUUCAAGCGAGGGAGUUAGAAAAGGCUUAUUUGGAAGACGUGCUUGGGACGAUCAAGUUUAUCAGCAACGUGCAGCAGAACGAUUAGUCCGAGAAAAAAGUGGAGUUGAUACCGAUGAUAAAAGAAAAGUUGUACAAACUCGUUCCGAGUCUCUUCAAAGAAAGCCUCUUCAAGCUCGUGAAUCAAGAUUGUUACACUUAUCGGAUGACAAACUUAUUGGAAAGAAGGGAGUCAUUGAUGUAACUCCAGAGGGAAAACAAAUCAUGCCAAACUCAAAAACAGUCAUUAAAAAGAAGAAUGCUAAAGAAGAAAUGAUGCAAAAAGUAGAUCCGAAUCAGCUGGCUGGAUUUUAUUGCAAUGUUUGUGAUCGGAGCUUUAAAGAUUCUGCAAGCUUUGUGGACCAUUGUAAUUCCAAAUCUCACUUGUCCAGAUUAGGAAUGACUAAUAGAGCUGUCAAAGCAUCCGCAGAUGAAGUGAAAAGAAAACUACAAGAAACUAUUGAUGCUAAAAAGGAUGAAAAAGGAAGAGCUCCUAGUUCAGUGUCGUCACUCACAGCUCUCGCUUUGAGCCGAAUUAAAAAGAAUACUGAGGCAAAACAAAAGUAG